AUUCAUUUUGUUUAUAUAUAUAUACGCCGCCGGAGACGAUUUCCCUCAAAAUUAAUUUAAAAAAUUGUCAGAGACCCCAGAAAAUCAUCAUAAAGCUGAAUUAAAAUGGGAUUCUCCAAAGAUGAAAACAGAGUGGUGAGAUGGGUAAAGAUUGUCUUUUUCUUGCUCUCUAUGCUCAUUUCCCUCCUGAUUUUGUCCGCUCCGGUGGUUCUUGUCAUCGCCGACGCCCUCUUACCGUCGGCGCUGUUCUCCGCCUCGCUUUCUCCGGCGACCCCCCUCCCCUCCCUGCCUUCCCUUCUCCGAAGUUACGACUUCCGCUCUUCCCUCGUCGACAUUCCCGUCGUCUCCGUCCUCCGCUCCGCCGUCAUCUUGUUUGUUUACAGCUUGUGCGACGGUCCGAGGUUGUCGAGGGGCCCAUAUCUGGGGACCGCGACGGCGUGCUCUGUUUCCUCGCUGGUGUUCCUGUCGCUGAAGGCGCCGUAUGUGUUCGGCAGCGGCGGGAGAUGGAGUGCCGCCGUGAACGGCGGCGGCGGAGGGUACGGACGGGCGAUGGAGAUGGGUCUGUUUUUGUGCUCGUUUUCCUUAGCGGUGGCGCACGCGGCGGUGGCGUAUAGGAUCAGUUGCAGGGAGAGGAGAAAGCUUCUUGUUUACAAGAUCGACAUUGAAGCUGUCUCAGCUUGCCAAAAGGGAUUUUCAAGGUACCCUAAAGUGUUCCAAGAAAGAACAAAGAAGUAGCAAAACAAAACUCCACUUCUCUUGAAGGGGCGUUGGACCAAGUCCGCGCCGGUUUUUUCGUCCCUCCAAUUUAAGGUUCAUAUCAAAGGGAGAUCAAAAGGGCUAAAUUGGUACCAAAAAUGUGUUUUGUGUGGUACAUUUAUGUGUAAAUAGAAUGAGAUAAUAUCAUAUAGUGUGACAAAAUCAUGUGUGUGGAAAGUGAUGUGAGCUUGUGCAUCAAUUGUGUAUAUGUAUAUGAAGAAAGAAAGAUAGAUGUACAAGAAGAUGCAUCACUCAGCCAACCAUUUACCUUGCCAACAUGUACAGCUUAUUUUUAAACACUUCAAGUUCACGCCUCCCAAUUCCAACCGUCAAUCCAACUAUCUCCUUCUGGCCCCCAAAUCCGAUUACAUAUUCAGUUGCGAGUGAUUGAUCGGAAUCAAACCAUAACACUCCGAUCUUCUUCUUCAUCAUCUUCAUCUUCUUCUGGAGAUCGAGAAAAUGGGGAGGGUGUUUGUUACAGCACUGGAAGGAGAGAUGUAUAGAUGCAAGCACUGUGCAACCCCUCUCGCUCUUUCUCACCACAUCGUCUCCAAGUCUUUCCAUUGCAAGCACGGGAAGGCUUAUCUCUUCAGUAACGUAGUGAAUGUCACCUGUGGCCCCCAUGAGGAGAGGAAGAUGAUGACCGGAUUGCACACCGUUGCAGACAUUUUUUGCGUCCAAUGUGGAUCCAUUGUUGGCUGGAAAUAUGAGAUUGCUCACGAGAAGGACCAGAAGUACAAAGAAGGGAAAUCAGUCCUUGAACGGUUUAAGAUAGUUGGUCCGAACGAAAGCAGCUACGGGGCAAGUCAUGAAGGAAUUGGCUCAGAUUAUGUGUGAUGAUGAUGAUGGAUUGCCCUCUCAAAAACAUGUUGUAUCCCCAAUUUGUACAUUCUAUACCAUAUGUCACGUACUUGUUCUUAUAACUGAAAUUUGUACAUUCCAUGCCAUAUGUCAUGUUCUUGUUCUUAUAACUGAAGUAAUGUCCCCUGUAAUUUCCUUAAAUAAAUGCUUCAAAUGUGU